AUGGCCGAGAAGCUAUCCCGUCUGCUCGAGACGACCCUGGCGCUUUCGGGGCAAUUCGAAGCAGCCCUCUCCGCCUCUCCCGCAAAAGCAGCAGAAAAUGAUACGAACAAGUCCUCCUCCGACUCCAACUCCCAGCCGCCGGAACCCCUGCAGCUGCUGUCGAAGAGCUCGACGCUUCUGAGAUCGCAGGUCACGAAACUGUCCUUACUGGCCAUCAACACGCCCUUCACUCCUUCGGCGCUCUCGACCGUCCUCAUGGCCGUCAAUGACUCCGUCUUGCCGUCCCUCGUCACAGCGGCGCUUCUCGUCACGCCAGAUGAACACACCAAGGCCUUUACGGCCGAGGUGCGCGUGCUGACGAAGACCGUGCUGAAGGAAUUUUCUUCCCUGGUGGAAGAGGUCCGGAAGAUUGCGAAGAAGAAUGACGAACAGCAGCAAGAUAAGAAGAAAAAAGAUGAGGAGCUUCCACAGUCAGAGAAGGACAGCGUGACGACCGCAACGGGAAGAGUAUGGGAUGCGUGCGACACGCUGACCCAGCUGGUGGGAAAAGGCGUGGUGGGCUUCGUGGUGCGCCGCGUCGAGCAGUGGCGGGACCUGGUCAAGGAUGCGAUCGACGAGCUGGCCGAGUGGGAUCCUGACGAGGAUGACGAAGACGAUGAUCUCCUGCUAGAUGACGAUGAAGAGAAUGAGCCUGUCAAGGGCGCGGCUGAGGAUGAGGAUCAGGAUCAGGAUAGAGACGACAAUGAAACCACGACAGCCGCCCUGCACGCCCACAAGAAGACCGCCCUGCGCGCCUUCAAGCCCAUCGGACAAAUCUACCCGGCCAUCAUCUCGAAUCGGCUCAAGAAAGGCGGUCUCACUGCAUCUGACACCACUCUGCCGCCGCGCGCGCACAUCGCGAAAUUAGAGUCCCUAGUAUCAGAUCUACAAGCCAUACCGGGCUACGUCGACGAAGCCGCGGGCUCCCUGUACGAAAGUAACAUCGCCAACUCGGUUCUGUACUUGAAGAAGGCGAGGGACUGCGCCGAACAUGCCAUACGAUUAGUAACUUUCCCCUGGGCGGUCGAGGGAAAGCAGCCAGAAGAAGCGGAAGCAGUUGAACAAGAAGAUAAGUUCACUGCCUGGUCAAGGACGUGGUUGAAGGUCAUGGAUGAAGUGAUGAGUGAAGUCGAUAGAAAAUAA